UGAUCUCGGGACAAGCUUGAUCGGGGGUUGUGAACCCAUGGUGAUCGGCUGUGCUGUGUGAUCACCAACAGAGAACCCGAACGAUCUGAACGCGAUCUUACCGCACCGGUGUGUUGGUAGCCAUCCUCAUCCGAGAGCGCACCACUUCGGCUCGCAGUUGUUGUUGAAAACUUCAAUCAACUGGUCGUCCUAAUCGUUUCGGGCUUUCUCGAUCGAGUGAAGCGUUGAAUGUGUUUGGUGUCAUACGUGCGUGACAUUCACGGGUGAUUCUAACAAAAGUGUCGCUAUCAGAUCUCUGAAGUGAAAUGCAGCAGCCUAGUGGAUUGCUGUUACCCAUCCUGCUGCUGGGACUAGCAACGCUGGGUUCGGCCUUGAACGAGAAUGACCCGUGUAGCAAUCCGGCCGGGCAGUCAGGCCGGUGCAUCUACUUCCGAGAAUGCGAACCGCUGCUAAAGAUCUACAGCAAACCUAUCAUUUCACCGGAGGAGAGUAAGUUCGUGGAGAACAGCCGCUGCGGCAUGACAGCCGAUCGAAAACCAUUGGUCUGCUGUGCAUUGACCAACCCCAUAAGCACCGGAACACGAAGUCAGUACUCCCUGCCAAGUCCACCGAAUUGUGGAAUUGACUUCCAAGAUCGCAUUGUCGGAGGCCAACGGACCGCUCUGGAUGAGUUCCCUUGGACCGGUUUGAUCCAGUACCGCAAGCCAAGUGGACUUUUCGGCUUCCACUGUGGUGCUUCGUUGAUCAACUCGCGCUACGUCGUAACGGCCGCCCAUUGCAUCAAGGCCAUUCCACGAGGCUGGGAAGUAACCGGUGUCCGCCUGGGUGAGUGGGAUCUGGACAAUCCAAUCGAUUGCCAAGAGGAGAAUAACUGCGCCGAUGCACCGGUUGACAUGGGCGUCGAGCGGAUAAUCGUACACGAAGACUACAACCCGCAGAACAAGGCACAGUACAACGACAUUGCGUUGAUUCGGUUCACUCGGGACGUGGCGUUCUCGUCGUUCAUUUCUCCGGUUUGCUUGCCUGUCGCUAGCGCUCAACGGAACAAGAACAACGUUGGCACUAGGGGAGUCGCAACGGGAUGGGGUCGUACGGAGACCGCCAGCGCGAGCAACGUCAAGCUGAAGGUUGAACUGCAAAUCCAGGAUCUACAGACCUGUUCCAACACGUACAGACCGUCAGGAGUCAUCCUGAGAGAUACGCAACUGUGCGCCGGUGGUGUACGAGGACAGGAUACAUGCAGUGGUGAUUCAGGAGGCCCGUUGACUAAGCUGGACCGCGCCAAUAAUUUCCUUUACGGUAUUGUGAGCUUUGGACCGAACAAGUGCGGAACCAAGGGUGUCCCUGGUGUGUACACUAAUGUGGCUAAAUAUGUCGAUUGGAUCGAACGAAAUAUUUAGAAGAGUUGGUUGUCAUUCAGAGCGUUCAUAACAAAAAGAUAUCUUAGGUAUCCUAAUUACUUAUAUCAAUGUUGACGAGGAUGUAUAUGUAA